CGCAAAAGUGGCGUAAAGCGCCGCCCGGUGCGGGGAGACUGAGGAUCUUAUGGUUCUCCAGAACAGCUGCUGCCUGCCAAACAAGAGCUCUGAGCCCUCCCGAUCCAUGAGUGGGCAUCGGAACAUCAAGAGGCGAUGUGGGGAGUCCCACCUGGAGUCCCUGGCAGGCUGUGGGCACAGCCCUGCUGCUGGCUGUGUGCUGAGCAAGCUGGUUCAGUUGCCUACACCUCCCCUGUCCAAGCACCAGCUGAAACGGUUAGAAGAACACAAAUACCAGAGCGCUGGACGGUCCCUGCUUGAGCCUCUGAUGCAAGGCUACUGGGAAUGGUUAGUUGGAAGAGUUCCAGCCUGGAUUGCCCCCAACCUGAUCACCAUCAUUGGACUGUUAAUAAAUAUCUUUACAACUCUGCUAUUAGUAUAUUACUGCCCUACAGCUACAGAGCAGGCACCUCCCUGGGCAUACAUUGCCUGUGCUUGUGGCCUUUUCAUCUACCAGUCUCUGGAUGCCAUAGAUGGAAAACAAGCAAGAAGGACAAAUAGCAGCUCCCCCUUAGGAGAGCUCUUUGAUCAUGGCUGUGACUCACUUUCCACAGUCUUUGUGGUUUUGGGAACUUGUGUUGCUGUGCAGCUGGGAACCAACCCUGACUGGAUGUUCUUUUGUUGUUUUGCUGGAACCUUCAUGUUUUACUGCGCUCAUUGGCAGACCUACGUCUCGGGAACGCUGCGCUUCGGCAUAAUUGAUGUGACUGAAGUACAAAUCUUCAUAAUAAUCAUGCACUUACUGGCAGUGGUUGGAGGACCUCCUUUUUGGCAAUCUCUGAUCCCAAUCUUGAAUAUUCAGGUGAAAAUCUUCCCAGCUCUCUGCACAGUGGCAGGAACCAUCUUCUCCUGUACCAACUACUUUGGUGUCAUCUUCACAGGUGGAGUUGGCAAGAAUGGAUCCACCAUAGCAGGUACCAGUGUCCUGUCCCCCUUCCUUCACAUCGGCUCAGUGAUCGCCCUGGCUGCAAUGAUCUACAAGAAAUCAGCUGUGCAGCUCUUUGAGAGGCAUCCCUGCCUCUACAUCCUCACCUUUGGCUUUGUGUCUGCUAAGAUAACAAACAAACUCGUGGUUGCACACAUGACCAAAAGUGAAAUGCACCUUUAUGACACAGCCUUCAUCGGCCCCGCGCUGCUCUUCCUGGACCAGUACUUCAACAGCUUCAUUGAUGAGUACAUUGUCCUCUGGAUUGCCCUGAUCCUUUCCCUCUUCGAUUUGCUUCGGUACUGUGUCAGUGUCUGCAAUCAGAUCGCUGCCCACCUGCAUAUCCACGUGUUCAGGAUCAAGGCCUCCUCCUCCUCCUCCUCCUCCUCCUCCUCUUCCUCCACUCAUUCUAACCACCAUUAGUGACCCAGGGGAGUCCCCACGCUGAGAACUAAGCAAGAGCUGAGUUUCUACAUGAAUGGCUGUGAAGAGAAGUAGGAGACUAAAGGCAAGCAGCAGAGCAGACCCAAGUCAUUGCUACUAAUCAGUGUCGCAUCACUUCUCCUCCUCGUUAGCAGUAACACUCCUUAAUUAGUCUCCUGCCUGAAGAGAGUCACUUCCAAGUCCACCUUAGUCAACUCUCCAUGUAGUCAACUCUGUUGGUUGCAAGCCUGGGAAAGCAUGCAGGGAGGGGGAGGGGGGGGUUAAGGCUCUGUCUUUGUAAUUACCUUUGAUUACAACUUAAUCUUCUCUCUGGUGAAUGGAUCCCCACCCCCCACCCCCACCCCCAGUUUCUAACGCAGUAGAGUUCCAGUUGCUUCCCAUCUUAAUCUCUCAUCAUCUCUUAGUGACAGAUCCUUGUUUAGUGGCCACUUGAAACUUGAUUUGACUAAAGACCUGAGCUGGUUAAUAAUAAAACCCCCAAAGGAGA